AUAGAAAUCCAAGUCCUCUCUGCAGCACGUUGGUUCACAUCUUUCAAGAAGUUUUACCGCUCAGCCAACUUGUAAAGCUUGCUUUUACACUUUUCCAGUCCUCUAAUAACUGCAAGAAACUCCUAUAACAGAAAAAUGCUGCCUGCAACCUUCAAACUGUGUGCUGGCAUCUCCUAUCGGCACACGAGGAACAUGACAGGUUUGAGGAAGAACGCCAUGGUGGCCAUUCACCAUGAGCUGAACAGACUGGCAGGUCAUGGCACCAAUAACUGGAUCAGCCAGGUCCGCCGACGAAGCUCCCUCCUCAGUUCUCGGAUUGAAGAGGAGGGGUACAGCGAGGAGGAGAUGUCUUAUGUGAAGCAAGGAGAGGAUGCACUGCAGAAGGCCAUCAGCAUCCUCAGCGAACAGGACGGCUGGACCGUUGAAACUGUGGCCGCAAACGGAGACAAAGUCCUGAGCAAGGUGUUGCCAGACAUCGGGAAGGUGUUCAAGCUGGAGGUGAUGUUGGAGCAACACUCUGACAAUCUGUACGAGGAGCUGGUGGGAAAAAUGGAGCGAAUGGGGGAGUGGAACCCUAAUGUCAAAGAGGUCAAGAUCCUUCAAAAGAUCGGCCAGGACACAAUGGUCACCCACGAAGUUUCUGCGGCGACGCCCGGCAACGUGGUGGGAGCGAGGGACUUUGUCAGCGUCCGCUGUGCCAAGCGCCGGGGCUCCGCCUGCUUCCUGGCUGGGAUGUCUACACAGCACGCCAAAAUGCCUGAGCAGAGGGGGGUGGUGAGAGCGGAGAAUGGGCCUACCUGUAUAGUCAUGAAGCCCUGUGCUGAAGACCCAAAUAAGACCAAGUUCACCUGGUUACUAAGUAUAGAUCUAAAGGGCUGGAUCCCGAAGACGAUCAUAAACAAAGUGCUCUCUCAGACGCAGGUGGACUUCGCCAACCACCUCAGGCAAAGGAUGGCUAAUAACGUUUCUAUGGAGAUGGCUCACGCCUGCUGACACAAGACGCUCUCUUGAGCUUUGGCACAGGGCGCUCAUUCAACAGUGGCAGAGGAGCAGCCCGUGCUCAUUAAGAAAUCAUACGAGUCAGCUUAUAACUGCUGAAACAAUAUGAGAAUCCAGAGGGUAUUAAUAAGGAGAUCAGAUGAAGAUGAUGCUUGUCUGAGAUCUUAGGAAAAUGUGAGCGCAGAUGUUGGUUUCAAUUGGCAAAUGUGUGUUUUAUCUUGCCCACUCUUAAUAUAGAAAAUUAGAUUUUACAUACAGUAUACACAUUGAUUGUUUCUGACACAUUGAUCCCCAUCCCUCCACUCAGAUGCACUGAAUCAGUGUGAGCAGAGUCACAAACUGCACAUUGUUUCCUUCUGAUAACACCUGUCCUUUGCCUGAUGCACGAAUAAAAGCUCAUAAAACAUUUCAAUGGUCAUGCUUAACUAAGAAGAUAGAAUAAAAAUCAUACUUGGUCACA